UUGAGGUUAAACCCAUUUACAUCAACAGAUAACGAGUGAAGGGAAGAUGGCGACCUUUCUACAUCUACGAGGAGCCAUGGCGCAGGGUAGAGUGUUGCGUCAGACCAGUAGCGUGUUCCGGCCGGGGCAGCAGCUUGCACAGAUGCACCGGUCAACACCUGUGAUGGUCCUCUCAACACCUGCUACCGGUACUCGCCUCGACUCCAUCCCGCGUGAGAGCCCCGAAGUCACUUGGCUCCACCCAGGCGACUACAGGGUGGCGCCCAUGAUAGAACACCACAAGAGGGGAGACUUGAUCAUUGGCCUCACCCUUGUCUUCAACUCUGACAAGCCAUUGGACCGUGAACUGGUUUAUGAAGCUCUUACACACUUGUACAACAAGACGAAGGCGCUGAGGACCUGCUUCCGUGAACGAGACAAUCAGUGGUGGUAUUGUCACAUGCCAAAACCUGUUAUAGACUUUAAGGUUUUGGAAGCUGGAAUAGAUCCUUAUAAGACAACAGAAGAACUUGUGAAGACUCCCUUCAACUUGGCUGAUGGACCUCUGUGGAAAGUCCGGCUUGUCCCAAGUCCAAUAGAGGCCUCCUGUCAUUGGCCGGAGGUGAAGGAGAAGUUUCCUUAUCACAAUUCACUGGUGUUCAGUUUACAUCAUGCAGCGUUUGACGGUUUUGAUGUGGCAGUGAUUGUUAGAUUGUUGCAUCAACUUCUUGAUGAUGCUUUGAGCGGAAAGCCAAUUGAUGAUAAGGAGAUUGGUCACCUUUUAGACCACAGUCAGACAUAUGAAACUACACAACGAGUAAAAGAGAAUCUUGAAAAUAAUCCACAGAAGUUAAAUUCCUUACUUAAUGACAGGAAGAGUAAAGAGUUCAAACCUCUCAUUAUGCAGGCGUUUGGAGCUCCGGAGCCGUCUUCCGCAAGAACAGAAUACCUCAAAGUUGCAAUACUAAACCUUUCCCUGCUUCAAAAGUUCCAUAAGAAGUGUCACUCUGAAGGAAUCAGCCUCAACUCUGGGCUUGUGAGUGUAGUAAACACGGCCUUGGUAGAACUGGUGAGGGAGGGCGGGCUGGUGCAGGACGAGUAUACAGUCACCAGUCUUCACCCUACUGACCUCCGCCGCUACAUGACAACUGACGUCAAAACUCUCCCCAUGGGCUUCCAUGUGGCCCCAAUGUCUCAGACUAUGCCAACCCCAUACAAUGUAAGAGAUCAUUUCUGGAAGUACGCAAAACAGUUUGAUAAUAAAUUCAAGAAAAAUCUAGAGAAUAAAUUUGUAUUUGAAGAAAUGAUGUUGAACAGAAUGAUAAAUCAAGAUAACACAUCCCAUGACAAGUUCUCUACAAAUUCACACCCUAUAAAAUAUGACUAUAUGUUUUCAAAUAUAUAUUCGCCUCAAUAUCCAAUUUUGGGAGUAGGUAAAAAUGUUCAACUUACCGAAAUGAGAAAUAUUAUUCCCAUUGACACUGCGCAUGUGGGUCACUUAUGUGGAGUGGCCAGUAUUCGGGACAAGGUUCGAUACGAGCACUAUUAUUCAACACGCGCCAUGACCAGAGAAAUAGCACAAAGGAAAUUUGAAAAUGUUGUAUCAAUUUUUAGUGAAAUGGCUCAGUAAUAUCUUCACUUCAAAGUUAGAUGAAAGGUAACUGUGUUUACCGAACUGAUAAAUUGCUUACAACCCUUCAAGAACAUCGAAUGAUUCAAGGAACGAACAGAGGUGAAGUAAUUACCUAGAGAAUGCAUCCAGCCAUCUACAUAGCACCAUAAGCGUUGCUGAAGGUUCUGGACGCUGGACGCACUGAGUACCUCUAAUUGAGAAAAAAACACUAAGGCAAGUGCUGUCAAAGGUAUAUCAAAUUUAUUGAUUCAUGAAUUCGUAAUAUCUCCUGGAAAUAUCCUCUUUUGGAGACGAAUUCUUCGAAUUCAUCUCCAGGAUCAAAGCAUCAGCUCCUGAAGAUGUAAACAAAGUGGUGAGAACCGUGACAUCAGAUAUUAGAGUUCAUGGACAUUGUCAUAAAAACUACGCAUAUUCCAUUGAAAAAUAAACAGUCACAACCAAAUAAAACGAUAAAAAGAAGAGGAAAACUAGGUUGAAGAAUAGUGAAUUAAGAAGGAUUAAGAUGAGGUUCAGUGACAUCCGCGUUGAGAGGCGUAAGUAAAUCUAGCAAAGACGGUAUAAGUGGAGAAGGCGGUGGAAAAAAGGCCACAACAGGCUCACCAUAUCCCGUGCUACAUGCCCCGCUCCUGUGCCAGGUAAGUUACUGGCUCACCAUAGCCCGUGCUACAUGCCCCGCUCCUGUGCCAGGUAAGUUACUGGCUCACCAUAGCCCGUGCUACUUGGAACUUGUUCCGAGUAGCUGAAUCUAUAACAACAACAACAACAGAGAAGAAGGUGCCUUCUCCCACCGACCAGUGUGGGAGAAGGCACCUGGGAGGAGCGAUCAAAGUCAGCAGCAAGCUGUGGAUCAAAGACUUCACCUGGAGUUUUCAAAGCGUUGUCGGCUGACUUCCUCUCCGAGACGAGAGGAGGUACGGGGACAGUUGGGGAUUGAACUGAAGCUUUCUUACCUGCUGGGAAGGAAGAAAUGGAAGAACUAGGUUUGCGUUUAUAGCUACAAGACACGAACAAGCCAGUAGCAACGUACUAUACAACAGCCUCUGGUCUCCAGUAGUGACGGAGAACAAGAGCGGACACAAGGACGUCUGGGAGAACGUUGGAUAUUGGCCUGGACGGACAAUUGUCCAGGAAAGCCAAAGGAUAUAGUAGUAGGCUGAUAAGAAUAAUGAGGACUAAACAUGAAAGGGGUUACAGUGGAUCGAGAAAAUGUUGGAGUUGGGAUAGUUACACUUAGAUGAAGGGCCGCAGAAUACGGGAGAAGAAGGGUGGAUAUACCGGUCGAUGAACCACAAGGAACACCCUCAGUUUGAGAGCGCAGAACACCCUCAGUUUGAGAGCGCAGAACACCCUCAGUUUGAGAGCGCAGAACACCC